AUGGAUGAUGAAUUACCCGAGCAUGCAGAAUACUUGGAAUAUCAAGACCCUGAUUUUGAUUAUGAAAUAUUAGAUAAUAAUGAAAGUUAUCUUGAAAAUAUAUCCGAAAUACUGUCUACUCCAAAAACCACAACUGAUGAAAGUGUAACAGAUAAUGAAUACGAUGGUGACUUCACUUUUGAUGAAAGGACAUUGAAUUAUGUGAAAAAUUUUGUAGCAUCUUCAAUUAAAAUUUUAGAACAAGAUGGCGAAAGAGAUAUUAAUUGGUUUAUGUUGGAUGAUGAUUUGCAAUUAGAAGUUGAAUCUUUUAAUGAACGUUGUAUUAUUAUUGAUUAUGCUGAAGGGCAUCUUCAACGUUGUUUAAACCCUGUAUGUAGACCACUUAAGCAGCUUGUAGGAGUUUGGGAAUUGGACUUUCAGGCUAUAGAUAUAGCAAUUAAAGCGGGAACAAAAAUGCGAUAA